GCGCGCUGCAGGAGAGAGUGGCAGACCGAAGCGGCCUCGGGCUGCAAACGGAGGGGCGCUCGCGCGGCGACGGCUGCAGGGCUGACACCGCUCAGGGCAGGGGGGUCCCAGGCGGCUGGAACGCUCUAUUCUGAACUGUGAGUGGAUGAUGCUGUUGCAGCCAAGCUGCUGAACACACUCCGUGGACUCUUCCCUGCUGUGCCUUGCCCAUCGGCCGAGAUAAAAUGGAAGACUCCUACAAGGAUAGGACUUCACUGAUGAAGGGCGCCAAGGACAUUGCCAAAGAGGUGAAGAAGCAAACAGUGAAGAAGGUGAACCAGGCAGUGGACCGGGCCCAGGAUGAAUACACCCAGCGGUCCUACAGCCGAUUCCAGGAUGAAGAUGAUGAUGAUGACUACUACCCACCUGGAGAAACCUACAGUGGGGAGGCCAAUGAUGAUGAAGGCUCAAGUGAAGCCACUGAGGGUCACGAUGAAGAAGACGAGAUCUAUGAAGGGGAAUACCAGGGCAUCCCCAGCACGAACCAAGGGAAGGACAGCAUAGUGUCUGUAGGACAACCCAAAGGAGAUGAGUACAAGGACCGCAGAGAGCUGGAGUCAGAGAGGAGGGCUGAUGAGGAGGAGCUCGCCCAGCAGUAUGAGCUGAUAAUCCAAGAGUGUGGCCAUGGCCGUUUCCAGUGGGCCCUUUUCUUCGUCCUGGGCAUGGCUCUCAUGGCAGACGGCGUGGAGGUGUUUGUGGUGGGCUUUGUGUUACCCAGUGCAGAGACAGACCUAUGCAUACCGAAUUCAGGAUCUGGAUGGCUAGGCAGCAUAGUGUACCUCGGGAUGAUGGUGGGGGCGUUCUUCUGGGGAGGACUGGCAGACAAAGUGGGAAGGAAGCAGUCUCUUCUGAUUUGCAUGUCCGUCAACGGAUUCUUUGCCUUCCUUUCUUCAUUUGUCCAAGGUUACGGCUUCUUUCUCCUCUGUCGUUUGCUUUCAGGAUUCGGGAUUGGAGGCGCCAUUCCCACUGUGUUCUCCUACUUUGCUGAAGUCCUGGCCCGGGAGAAGCGCGGUGAGCACCUCAGUUGGCUCUGCAUGUUCUGGAUGAUUGGCGGUAUCUAUGCUUCAGCCAUGGCCUGGGCCAUCAUCCCCCACUAUGGGUGGAGCUUCAGCAUGGGCUCAGCCUACCAGUUCCACAGCUGGCGCGUCUUCGUCAUCGUCUGUGCCCUCCCGUGCGUCUCCUCGGUGGUGGCCCUCACCUUCAUGCCCGAAAGCCCUCGGUUCUUGCUGGAGGUAGGAAAACAUGAUGAAGCCUGGAUGAUUCUGAAGCUAAUUCAUGAUACCAACAUGAGAGCCCGGGGCCAGCCAGAGAAGGUCUUCACGGUAAAUAAAAUCAAGACUCCCAAGCAAAUAGAUGAGCUGAUUGAGAUUGAGAGUGACACAGGAACCUGGUACCGGAGGUGUUUUGUUCGGAUCCGCACAGAACUGUACGGAAUUUGGUUGACUUUUAUGAGAUGCUUCAACUACCCGGUCAGGGAAAACACCAUAAAGCUUACGAUUGUUUGGUUCACCCUGUCCUUUGGGUACUAUGGACUGUCCGUUUGGUUCCCAGAUGUCAUUAAACACCUCCAGUCUGACGAGUACGCCCUGCUGACUCGGAAUGUGCAGAAGGAUAAAUAUGCAAACUUUAGCAUUAACUUCACCAUGGAAAACCAGGUCCACACCGGAAUGGAAUAUGACAAUGGCAGGUUCCUCGGAGUCAAAUUCAAAUCGGUAACCUUCAAGGAUUCAGUGUUUAAGUCCUGCACCUUUGACGAUGUGACCUCAGUCAACACCUACUUCAAGAACUGCACGUUUAUUGAUACCCUUUUUGAGAACACAGAUUUUGAGCCCUAUAAAUUCAUAGACAGCGAGUUUCAAAACUGCUCGUUUCUUCACAAUAAGACGGGAUGUCAGAUUACUUUUGACGACGACUACAGUGCCUACUGGAUUUACUUUGUCAACUUUCUCGGGACAUUGGCAGUGUUACCAGGAAAUAUCGUGUCUGCUCUCCUGAUGGACAGGAUCGGGCGCUUAACGAUGCUAGGUGGCUCCAUGGUGCUCUCGGGGAUCAGCUGCUUCUUCCUGUGGUUUGGCACCAGCGAAUCCAUGAUGAUAGGCAUGCUGUGCUUGUACAACGGACUGACCAUCUCAGCGUGGAACUCUCUUGAUGUAGUCACGGUGGAACUAUACCCCACAGACCGGAGAGCAACGGGCUUUGGCUUCUUGAACGCACUCUGUAAAGCAGCGGCCGUCCUGGGAAACUUAAUAUUCGGCUCCUUGGUCAGCAUCACCAAAGCAAUCCCUAUCCUGCUGGCUUCCACCGUGCUCGUGUGUGGAGGACUCGUGGGGCUGCGCCUGCCCGACACAAGAACCCAGGUUCUGAUGUGACAAAAGCCAUUCUCUUCUCUCACCAUGGGUCAGCCCUAUUGCCUGACUCAAGGCUUCAGAGUUUUUAUGUAUAGAAAGGUGGCCAAGUAUCAGAACUCAAACUUUUGCUGUGACGUAAAUGUAGCUGUGUAUUGUCCCCGCCAGUGUGAUUUGCAGGGUCCUCCCCCUCCCCCGCGCCUUGUUAUCUUUUCCUAAUUGUGAUGUUCCUGCUUCC